GCUUUAUUGGCUGGAAUGAAGUACUUCAAGAAAGAAAAGGCAGAGAAGUUAGAGAAGGAACAGAAAUGAACAAUAGGAAAGCCUUUACUUGGAGGACCUUUCUCACUGGUUGAUCACAGUGGAGAACCCAAAACUGAUAAGGACUACCUGGGACAAUGGAUACUGAUUUACUUUGGUUUCACUAAUUGUCCUGAUAUCUGUCCAGAGGAACUGGAAAAAAUGAUAGCUGUAGUGGAUGAAACUGAUAGUAUUCCAACUCUGCCAAAUUUAAAACCACUUUUCAUCACUAUUGACCCAGAGAGAGACAACAGAGAAGCUGUUGCAAGAUAUGUGAAAGAAUUUUCUCCCAAGCUAGUUGGCUUGACAGGUGGUCCAAAAGAGAUUGAUCAAGUUGCCAGAGCAUACAGAGUUUAUUACAGCCCAGGACCAAAGGAUGAAGAUGAGCACUAUAUAGUGGAUCAUACGAUAAUAAUGUACUUGAUUGGUCCAGAUGGUAAAUUUCUGGAUUAUUUUGACCAAAACAAGAAGAAUACAGAAAUAGCUGGCUCAAUUGCUGCACACAUGAGAGAUCACAAGAAGAAACACUAAAAU